UUGUCUAGGUCGGCUCAUUCAUGUUGGCGCUUGUCGCCUGCUCCGCCUCGCCGACGCGGCUGGCCACGCCCGUUCGUGCACGAGUGAGAAUGGGCUCAUCGGCCGAGGCUCGGGCCGUCCAGCCGCUCCCUGCCCUGCCCGCGCUGAGCGGGCCGGUUCUGCAGGGCUACGGGCGUGGCUCCGCCAAGCUCGGCUUCCCGACAGCCAACCUGCCGUGCUCGCUCUUCCAGGACCGACUCGUCCAGCUGGAGAGAGGCGUCUACUUAGGCUGGGCCGCACUCGGCGGCGACGUGCGAAAGUGCGUCGCCAACAUCGGCAUCUCCCCGUCCUUCGUCGGCGAGGAGAACGCCGAGACCAUCGUCGAGGCGCAUGUCAUCGCGGAGGACGCGCCGCUGCCCGCCGACUUUUACGGCGAGACACUCCGACUGCUCCUGCUCGGCUUCGUGCGGCCCGAGCGAAAGUUUGAUUUCACAAACGGCCCGGGGGAACUCAUCGCCGCGAUCGGCGCCGACGUGGCAACCGCGACGGCAGAGCUGGACCGCCCUCCCUUCGCGGCGUACCGCGACAGCGCAUGGCUCACCGCCCCGUCCGGGGAGCCGAGCUUUGACUUGCUCGAUCCUUGAACAUUUCUUUACCGGGUGCUAUUAAUAUGAGAGACCCUUUAAAGCCUUA